GGCCUUUCUCUUUUCAGUUAAAAACAUAUUUGACGUUUCUCUGCUCGGCAAGGAAUGGGCGAUGUCACUGCUGCCUUGGAUUCCUCUUCUUCUUCUUUCAAGACUCCCAUCUGCGACAAGCCACUGAUUCUUACGAUUGAAGGAAAAGGUUCUGGUCAGGCUUUGAAGCUGUCUUUUGAAGGACUGGAAAUUAGUAUGACGCUGCUGAAGCAGUCUGCGCCGAGUUUUCAAAAGCUUUCUAUCUCUGACGCCUCUGAAAAGGGUGUAUACAUGAUGGUUGCUCAAAGGAGUCUCCUUAGCUUCUAUUGGUAUGUCUUUGGUUUCAGUGAUCCCAUUGCCAAGAUGUUGAUCUUCCUAUUGUUGUCCAAAAAGUUACUUGCAGUGUUCCCCAAGUUUUCUCAAAGAUUGAGGACCAAGCAAUCAAAUUUGGAAACUUUCCCUCGCAGUUUUAAGUUUGAAAAUACGAACAUCAGUCCACUGAGAUAUCGAGGCUAGUCGCCUGUGCCUUUUGAGUUCAGCGUAGUACCCAAGCAUAGAAUGAGGUCAGUCGCCUAAGCCUACGAGAAUUGGUGUUUUGACAUGGCGAUAGACUUAACUGAACAGACUAGUUCUUUUCCCAACGCCUACAAGGAUUACCAAAAGCUUAAAUUGCAAUUUUUGAAUGCCUUCCUCUUAGCUUACCAUAUCAAGGCAUAAAUUCAUAAUUGGGUGGGCACUUCCAAGUUCCAUGUUCUUCACACUGACAUUCUGAUAGCGGCAGCACUACUUUUAUGCCACCCAGAUCUCCAUCUAUUAUACCUCUGACAUGUCAAAGAAAAGUUUAGUUCGCUGUCAUUCUCCCCAAUGAUGUUGAAGUGAUGGACAGGAAAAUCUAGUUCCUUAUUGGUUUUUGGUCAGUGCUUCAUCCUUUGUGGUACAUCUUGGCCUUGUAUUUUCAACAAUCCUGCAUAGCUAUCAACCCAGUAAAAAGCAAAAAUAAAUUGAAAGAAAAAAUAAAAUAAAAAUACUUUGAUUUUCGACCAAGAUGAAACUUUUUUAUAGGAAUAAAUACAUUGAGAAGUGGGGAGGAUCUACAUCUCCCUCUGAAAAUUAAAAAUGCAAUAAAUGUGGUACAAAUUUUAGUGCAGCUGACAUGUUUGUUGCAUGCUGUUAUGUUAAAAUUUGGUUGACAUGUGUCAAUAUCAUUGAUAUGGAGCAUAGAGAACUUGCUAAAAGCGCAGGACUGCAUAUUUCCAAAACUGAAGGCUGCAGAAUCGAUCGUGCUUUAUAAAGGUUGGCCUAGGUGCUGUGGAUUGCCUGCCUUGGUUUUAUAUGUGGUGGCAAUCUGUGUGGGCAUUGCACUUUGUAAUUUUGUAAUGUAAUACCUUAAUUCUUUUCACAAGGAAUAAAUUUUCUUUUGGGGAUUUUUUUGGAAAGUCAUCAUCAAACAAGCAUCCUCUUGACUAUAUGAAGUCACCUGCUUGUUAAGUUGGCUGCUUUAGUUCUACUUUGGUUGUUACUUUAAAUGGGGUCCCAUUUGUUUGAAAUGGAUCAUAUUCUGUGUUUUUGAGUU